UUUUUACUCCUGUAAUGAGUAAGUGAAUGAUCUUAUUCUCCCCGGUGGCCCUGCUCCUAUCGUCUCUCUCGGGGGCCGGAAUCCCAGCAAAAAGUAUGCGACUUCGUUUUUUCAGUUUACAUGGAAUGUGAAAACCUGAUGCAUGCAGUGAUUUCUUCUCCCCGCUGCGACCUGGACAUUGCGUUCCAUUACUUAGUGUUCACAGCAACUGAACGCUUUUGCCUAUUUCAGGAGAUGGAAGAACAAGUAAGGAAGGGGCUUUCCUGCGGAUCCUCACAGGACUGCUCUGCAAAAUUCAAAUGGUUCCCAUCUGCGUCUUUUGCGGGUGUUCCACAGGAUUGGUUCUCUUGCUAAGGCCAGAAUCUCCUUGUCACCUCAGGCAAAAGCAUCCAGGGCCAUUGGAGUCAUUAUCAAACACCACAAAAAUGUCAAGAAGCUGAAGGAGUGGUUCACAUAUCUGCACAGCACCUUGGACCAUGCCUUGCUCUUCGAAUCCCACAAACGCAAGGAGGAGGAGACCAGCAAGAACUCCAGGAGCUACGUAUCUUGAGAGAUUUCAUAUAUUUUGAAGAUGAACAUGUAAGGCUUAAAUAGCCUUUAUUUCCAAGGAACAGGGGAAGACCUAAGAUGCCUGGGCAACAUCAAACUCUACUAAGAAUUCAGUGACUACUUUAUGAGUUCUGCAAGGACAAUGGAUGCCAAGUUACAUGAACCCGAAGGACCUGGUGAGGAAAAUUCAGGAAAGAAGAAGUCUAAAUUUAAAUCCAUCAAAAAGUUCUUUGGGAAGAGGAAAAGGAAAGAGACAUUAUCGCCUUCAGAAAGUGGUAGCUUGAAACCAUGUCAGUCUGCAAGUGAUGUCACAGCAUCACAGACCAUGCACAUAGAUUACGAUUCUGAAGAUGAACUUGAGAGGCACAGAAGUAGUAUGGGAAGCAGAGCCUUGUCGCAUGACAGCAUUUUCAUUCCAGAAGCUUCACAAGAGUCUACUGGGCCAGUCCGAGUAUUUUCACAGGAAAACGUUUCUGAUCGAAUUAGGGCUUUGCAGUUGAAACUCCAACAGAAUUGGAAAUCUGGUCUGCCAUCUCCAUUUGGAAUUCCUUCAAAGAGAAUAGAUGAUGCUGGAAUGAAUUCAGAAGAUGAUGGUUUACCCAGAAGUCCACCAGAAACAUCUUUGCUACAUGAAAUUUUAAAUUCCAGCACAGCGAAGUUUUCUGACUCUCACAAGCAUCUUAGCUCUUUGAGUUUAGCUGGAACAGGCAGCGAAGAAGAAGAACAGGUUACAUCAGAAAACCAGCUAAUUCCCCAGCAGCCCAAUGCUAAAAUUAUAGCGCUGAGAACAUCUGACUGUAGCUUCUUACCUCCUGCUGAUUUUGAUACUCCACCUGAAUUCUCUUCUUGCUUGGAUAAUUCAGCUGCUAAGCACAAGCUUUUAGUAAAGCCAAGAAACCAGAGAUCUAGUAGAACAAGAAGACCUCCUUCGAGGAACCUGUCAACUUCUCGUAAUGACUUGAGCAGCACUCUUGAGCAAGAUGAAAGUGAUGCAAAAGAGUUGGUAGCUGAACUGACGGAUGAAAGAGAGGAACUAGCAGAGUCUCAAUCAGAGACACCAUAUGUCCAGCUACCUGAAAUGUCAAAAGACCUUCAUCAAAAACUGACUCCGCAAGAUGGAAAGGUUUGCAUGCUGCCAUGCACUGCUGAAUUAGACUUACUUCUUUAUGAAAAUAAUGCAGAGGACUGCCAAAUUAUGCAGCAAUUGCCACAAAUGGUACCAUUGUCAUUACCUUCCCACUCUAAAGAAGAUAUAGCUAGUCUGUAUCUUACUCCAAACCAAGAAAAAGAGCAGUCAGAACCAUUGGAAAUGUCCUCUGGGGAUGUAAGUGACAUGUCACAGAGUCUUUUAAAGCAAGAAGAUAAACAGAUUUAUGAUAUAUCGUCAAAAGCUGACAUGCUGUCUGAUAGGAAUGUCACAGCCCAAAAUGAUGUGAUCCCUUCAUUUGAUGGAACAAAAAAAAUGGCAUUGAGAGAUUCAAAAACACUUGUGGAAAAUAUCUGUAAUGAGGAAAUCAUAAAGAGAUCUCCUUCAUUUACUAAUUCCAUCAAUCAUUCACCAAAAAAUACUUUCCAUUCCACAUAUUUACCCUACCAUGAAGACAAGAGUAUUUCUCAGACUUCAUGUACAGUAUCACCACAGAUUGACAGGCCUUCUUCCUUGACUCCAAGUGCAAUGAAACAAAUCCAGGAGCAAUUUGAAUCUGGUAAAGAAACCCAUCAUACACCAAUAACGAGUGGGUUGGUUUUGGAUGAGAAAGAGGAGAAAGAAGACAGUGAGCUCUAUGGUUUAAGAAAGUUUUCUGUCUCAUCAGCUCGGGGAAGGCCAAGGACUAGCAGCUUGAACAUGAAAGAAACUUUAGAACGUGAAACUCCUGUAGCCACACAGGCCUUGCGAAUGAGAACAAAAAAAUCCUCAAGUAAUGAGAAUGUGGCUGUGGAGGUGAGCUGUUUACAAGAGAAAAAAAGAUGCACAAAGAUACUGGCAUCCCAACCUGAGUCAGAACUGGAAAUGGUUGAUGCAGUGACGGUUACCUCACAGUCUCCAUCUGUGGGUUCAAAACCAGUCUUGAGUAAGUCUUCUGUAGGCCUUCCAUCUCAAUCAAGUGUUAACCAGUCAAGUUGCGAAGACAAAAAUCCCUUUCAUGUCAAACUUAGAUCCACAUCUUUAUCACUCAAACACAGAGAUGACUUAUCACAGGAAUCAAAGGAGACUAAAAGACACAGUGCUGAGUUUAGUUUAGAAAAAGAGGUAUUGCCUGUCUCUCCACUAAAAAGUGAGAAAGCAGAAUUCAGGAAAACAACAGAUGUAAAUAUCAAUAGUUUUUUAAAUGACGGCCUUAAAAUGAAACCUGAACAGGGUGCCACAAAGCCUCCAUUGCGAAGGAAGCCUGUUUUGCAGCAUUUCAUCAUUGGUGGCACAAAUACAAUUAAUGAAAAGCAGGAAAAGGUGACCAAGUAUCCUGAAUUGAAAAACGAAGACAAAGAUUUGGAAAAGAAACAGAGUCCUCCUGAAGUGCCUGAAAAAAGUGUGCCUUCUAAUGGGACUUUUGUUGAUGUCCCAAGAAUAACUGAAAGCCAGACUGUGCCAGCCUGGAUUACCAUAGCGAAACAGAAGCAGAGGGCCAUAGAACAGGAACUUAACAAAGAAGAGAAACCAGUGGUUCAGGAAGAGAAAACAGAUGCAGAAAAACAAAUGCAAGAAAAUGAGAGAGUGGAGGAAGCAGUGAGACAACAAGCAGAUUUCACUCAGAGCCCAUUGUUGCCUUUUCCACCCACUGUUUCUUCUGAAAAACAGAAGAAAGAGACAAAGUUGGAUAUACAGGAGUCUUUGCCCAGAGCCAGCAUGCUGUCACAUCAGAGCCCUGUUCAGUCUUCAGUAGUGCCAACUGAAAAAGAAGACAUAAAGCCACUUAAGAAGAUCAGUCAUCAACCCUCGUGGAUGGAACUUGCUAAAAAGAAAUCUCAAGCUUGGAGUGAUAUGCCCCAGAGGAUAAAAUAGAUCAAGCACUUUCUACCAGUUGUUGAAGCUAUUUAAGAAAAUUUAUCAGGCUGUAUUAACGGAAUGGAGAAAGAUCAGUUAAUUGUGAUGAAAUCUAUGACACGUUAAAGAGGGCAUCCAUUCAAGAAGAGUAUAAGAAAUGUUGAUUACACAUUUGUGUGUUUAUCCUGGUGUAUCACAAUGAGGACAGUGCUUGAAAGCUGCUGUAAAGAUCUACUCCUCUCUUGCAGAAAAAUAUUCAAUGUAUUGCUUAUCUUGUAUUUUCUCUGUUUUCUUUCCCUUACAAUAUAUUUUUUUCUAAAUUUUAGUUGACCAGCAUUUUGUUACCUUGUCAAAUAUCUUCUAAUCACAUUUUUGAACUAUAUAUAUGUACCAGAAUGUAGCAAGAAUUCCUCCACAAAUGCAUAUGCAAAACAAAGUGACCUUAUGGUGUGAGCUUGUAGAAAGUGAAAAGCAGGUAGUACUAUUUGCCACUCAAAGUAGGGUGGAAAUAAAAUGGGACAGUCAUUUCUUCUUGUGGCCUGUUCAGUCAGCACUCCUAUUCCCCCUCUCCCCACCUAGACUUUGACACACAACAGGCCCAGAUGUAGACAAGAAACUGUCAUGCCAUUCUUCCACUGCCCCUUCACCAUGUUAAAAAAGAAAAGUUGUGACUGCACUGGAAAGCCCUCAAUUUAUGUGGACUCCAAGUAGGUUCUGUAUCACUGAGAUAGUCUGUUGUAACUAGUUGCCUUCUAAAUGACCUAGUAAGGGUUGGAAGUGGGAGCACUCUCUUGAUAUAGCAGCACCCUCAUGAUCUAUAAUCUGAGGAACUGAUAAUUUUAUCUAUAUCUAGAAUUAGUAUACAAAUUAGCCUUUAAAAAAACCCAUGUCCUUCUAAAGUUUACAAACCUGGGUUCAUACUGGUCUCCUUUUACACUGGGAAACUUGUCAACACCCAUAAUACAGAAGGACAGUUUUAAUAGCCUGCAAGCAGUUAUGCCCAAUUAUAAUGAUUGUCAUCCUUCAAUUUCAUGCUUAUAAUAUCACAGCAGAAGAUUAGAGAUAAAAUUGCUUGGUGCUACUUGCUUCCCUAGAUGCACAGCUGGGGUCUGGCAUGAGUCCAUAAAUAAAUACAUUUUGACUGCGUUCAGGAUCAAACAGGGAAGAGAUAAAACUAACAUCCCUGUAAAGGCAAAAGGAAAGCUCUGGGCAUUUAUUAGCUUUCUAUAUCCAUGUUUAAAGACACUUGCAGUUUUUAUCUUACAGAGGAAAAAAAAACUACACUGUUCAUCUUUAGUAUACAUUAAAGGACCAAGCAAAGGUAAGUCAUGUUGGCCAUAAUGAGGAGCGAGGAGGAGAUCCAGAACCAUCCAUAUGGGAACAAUAAGUGUAUUAAGUUGACUAAAAAUAUUGCAGAAUAGUGUCCAGGCCUUUAAGAUCUCCAGAACUGUACAUCAAGCAGGAUGGUAAAAGAAGCAGGUGGGGAAGUGGAUCAGCUGAUGUUGAAAACAUUGGAAUCUCCUUUUGGUUUCAGUUUUAGGAUGGAAUAUGGGAGGAGAUAGUAGCAGAUAUUCAGAAAUCAUUUCUGUAGGUGACAAAUGUAGCAUGUAUUAACUCUUAUAUGGAGUAAAGCACAAGACAAAUUUUGGACUGAGAGCACUACUAAUUCUAAAUAGAUCUAUAUAUGCUAUGUACAUUUAAUUGUGCUUUAUGGUUUUUUUUAAUAUUAUUAAUGCUUUCUAGAUUGUAUACUUGUACCAUUUCCAUUUCUCCUCACAUAAUGUUAUAAUGCUAUCCUAGCUUUCAUUUCUGUAAUGCUGCAAAGGAAAGUCGUGUUUACUUGGUAACAAAUCCUACGAAAUUCAGUAGGCCAUAUUCUCUAAUCAUAGUUGUGUUUAGAUCUAAAGCUUAGGUUUUUAACUGUCUCAACUAAAUUAUUUUCAGUGUUGUAUAGUAUGUAAUGUAUAAGGAAUUGUAAUAAACCAUCUA